AUGGAGUUCAGUCUCAACUUGACCGCUGAGCGGUCCGUCGUCCGCGAGUCUCUCAAAGGCGUGCUCUGGACCAUAUUCUUCCACCGGCUUUUCGGGCCCGUGGUGCCUGUGACCAACGAGUUCUUGGACGUGCCGUACCCAAUGGUGGCGGGCGCCGCCGACAUCGACUCGACAAUGGACCAGAAAAUCGACGAGCUAAUCAAGCAGGACUUCUCGCUGGCGACGCACAGAUCACAGCCGUCGGUGGGCCAGAUCGUGGUGCUGUUCGCGCAGAAAGUCGUCGCCAAAUCCAAGAAGCGGACCGGCUGGUUCGGCCAAGUCAAGGAGGAGCCGCAGGCCCACACGCUGCGCUGGGAGUCGUGGGUCAUCAACAUCAACUGCCUCCCUCUACUGUACCGCGAACACCAGCAGCUUGCAGCCGCGUCCAGCUCCGUCAACUCGGCCGAGAAGUUGCUCCGGCUCUCGGCACUCAGUUUCGAGGCCACCGUGGGUCAAGUCAUGGAGCUAGCCAACUUGCACAAGGACCACAUCCCGCCCAUCAUGACCCUUGAUGUGUGCCCGUUUCCCUAUGACAUCACCAUCGAUCCGCAGUCUGCGCCACGGCGGCCCCCGGCCGCAGACGACGACACGUGGACGCACUACAUCAAAAAGCUCAUGGAGCAGGUCUGA